AUGAGUGAAGUAUCAAGAAAUCCUUCAUGCAAAGUUGUUAUUCUUGGUAAUUCCGGUGUUGGUAAGACAUCUCUUAUCAACAGAUGGACAACCGGAACCUGGAGCAGCACAGUUAAACCAACUAUCGGCGCAAAUCAUCAAAGAAAAACAGUUCAACUCUCAGAAACCCACGUUGAUGUUUUUGUUUGGGAUACAGCUGGCCAAGAGCAGUUUCAAUCUCUUACUCCACUUUAUGCACGUUCUGCUGCUUGUGCAAUCAUCACAGCAAGUAUAACAGAUGCAAUGUCUUUUGAAGCUAUUCAAACAUGGAUUGAAUUACUUAAAAAUGCCUGCGAAGUUAUGCCUCCUUUAGUUCUUGCCGUUAACAAAAUUGAUCUCCUUAACCAGAGUGGCGUUAAAACAGAAAGCGAAAUAGAAACGGAAUACGGUAGCCUAUUUUCGGCAGUCUUCUUCGUUUCGGCUCAGUCUGGCGAAGCCGUUGAAAACGCUUUCACAUUCGCCGCACAGAAGGGUUACGAGUUCAUGGUUGGCAAUCAGCCAAUCAAGGCUCAACCUCUCGAGCCAAAGAAGGAAGAUAAGAAAUCAUGCUGCUAA